AUGGCUUCCUUUUCAGAGCUGCCAGCCCUGUUGUGCCCGGCCUGUGGAAGAGGAAAGAGCGAAAAACAAAACUGGAACGAUGAAGACGCCAAAGCCAACAAUGCUGAAGAUGACGAUGAUGACGGCGAUGAUGAUGAUGAUGAUGAUGACGGUGCUGCCGAUGACCGACUAGUGCCUCUAUUCGGGUGGCAGACCGGCAGUGCUGGCUCUCGAGCAGAGCAAGAUGCCAACCGAGCUGGCGCGAAAGACCCGUCCGAAUCCGUCGCGAUAGUAAUUAAGAGGCGCGGACCGAAAUCGAUUAACGCUGGAGAUUGUAAUCGGCCGCAGUUUUCUGGAGUUUUGCGCGAUCUGGAUCUUCGGAAUACCGAUCUGUAA